GAACGCGGAAGUGCUGCAGGAGGCACUGAAGUCACGUGAGGAGUUAUUUUCACAACGAUGCAUUUGUUGCACAGUCCUGACCAUUUUAGCACAUUUAAAGCGUAGAAAUCUGUGUCUUUGGCAGUUAAAACGCGAAGGAGUUGUUGACAUGGAUGAGGAUGGACUGCCCAUCGUGGGAUCAGGAGUAGAUCUUACAAAGGUUCCAGCCAUUCAACAGCGAAGAAUCGUAGCUUUCCUCAACCAGUUCAUCGUUCACACCGUCAGGUUCCUGAACCGGUUUUCCACAGUAUGUGAGGAGAAACUAGCAACAGUAUCAUUACGAAUCCAACAGAUUGAGACCACACUAAGCAUUUUGGAAGCAAAGUUAGCUUCUAUUCCUGGUUUGGAAGAUGUCACAGUGGAUGGAGUGAGAUCAUCUACAGAGACAAACGGUCCUGCUGCGGCUGGCAUUCAUGCCACGGGCCCCUCUUUGGGUCCCCCUGUUGAGGCAUCUCCGCAAGCACAAGUGGCCCCUCAGGAGCCGAAAGCAGAGGCCCCAGCGGAAAAUGUGAUGACUGUAGCCAAGGACCCACGAUAUGCCAGAUACCUGAAAAUGGUGCAAGUGGGUGUUCCAGUCAUGGCCAUUAAAAAUAAGAUGGUAAUGGAGGGUUUGGACCCCUCUUUGCUAGAUACCCCUGAUGCACCUGUUCCAGAUGGAGUUAAAAAAGGAUUGGAAGAGCAAGAUGAUGACAGCUCAGGCAGCGAAUCAUCUUUCAGCGACUAAUCAGCUCCGCCCCUCACGGCUAAUGAGCGUUUUGUUGGACUUGUUGAGCCUUGCUCAUCUCAAAGGAGAGUAAAUGCACUUGAAUGUCCUUACAGAGGACAGACACUUAGUGAUGGCACUAAGUUUGUUUUAGAUCUCAGAGACGGCAUACUUGACAUCUAUAGUGGUGGUUUCUGAGGGCACUUGCUCACUAGGUGAGAUCUCUAAUGAUUGUGAUGAUAAUUGGUCCAUUUAAGUGCUACUUUCAUGUGAAUUAUUAAUCUCUCAUCUCUUGCCUGAUAUGUACAUGUUAAAUGCCUAGUAUGUACAUCUAAUAACAAUAAAAAGAUGCCAGUGAGUGUUUUUAUAAAGUAAAGCCAUGUAAAUCUAUUAGUGCUGUCAAAUGAAUAAUCGUGAUUAAUCGCAUCCAAAAUAAAAGUAAUAUAUGUGUGGACUGUGCAUAUUUAUUAUGUAUAUAUAAAUGCACACACAUGCAUGUAUAUAUUUAAGAAAAAGGUUGUGUGUAUAUAUUAAAUAUUUAUAUAUGCAUGUAAAUAUUUUCAAAAUAUAUGCUGUAUGUGUGUGUAUUUAUAUAUACAUAAAUAUACACAUACAUAAAUUAUGUAAACAAAAACGUUUAUUUUAGAUGCAGUUAAUCGCGAUUAAUUGACAGCACUAAAAUCUAUUAAAUUGAAUGUAGCUGAGUAAUUUUUUUUAACUUUAGUUGCAACAAUAUCAAACUGACUUUGAAUCACAGUAAUAUCGAUAACAAAAAAUGACCGUGUGUUAGAUUUGUUGAGUUUCUAAUAAUACUUAUUGUGUUGCACAGUCAUUACAGAUUUGCUUAUAUUGCCUUUUCCAAAUCUUAACUUGUUAUUAAAAGUUGUUAUAUCUGAACUCAGUGAAAUGAAGUUACUUUAAAACCUACACUACUAUUGAAAGUUUGGGAUUGGUAAGAUUUUUAUUUUAUUUUUGAAAUUAGUCUCAUGCUCACCAAGGCUGCAUUUAUUUGGUCAAAAAUACAGUAAAACCAGUAAUAUUGUGAAAUAUUAUUAAAAUUUUAAAUUAG